AUGUCACUACACGAUCUGAUGAAAACUACUUCAAGGUCUGAAAGCGUGAACUCAUUUUUUAAUAAAUACUCUAACUCUGGUAAUUUGCUUAUCUAUUUCAUGAUGAACUACGACACCGCAAUUGGAAAGCAACGAAAUGCUCAACAAAAACUAGAACAUGAUACAAAAAAUGCAAAGCAUGAAAUGACGCUUCCAAGUGGCUUACUAGAACAUGCAGCUGCGGUUUACACUAAAAAAAGUUUAUAUGAGGUCAAAAAGGAAAUAUUUAAAGCAGUCUGGUACUGUUCUAUCGACAGUGUUGAAAAGAUUGAUGGGUGGCAAGUUGUUAUGAUUACACAAACGGAUAAGAGCAAACAGUUGAAGAUAAAAUGCAAGGUUGAACUAAAGUUGCCUGAAAAAGAAGUUAAAUGUUCAUGCAAUCACUUCAUACGUACUGGCAUUUUGUGUCGUCAUAUUUUUGUUGUAUUGAAAAACAACCAUAUUGAAGAGAUUCCAGAGCAGUAUACUCUAACAAGAUGGAGAAGGGAUGCAAUUUCCAGCCAUUUGCCUUCCAUGAAACAUGUUGCCACGGAAAUAAAAGAUGACACCUUUAAACUUCUAACAGAGGCAGCAAUGGAGUUUGGCAGUUCCAACCAAACAUCAUCUGAUAACGAUGAAGAAGAAAUUAUUCGGAUGCUUGGAAUACGCAGCAUUCCUGAUGAAAUAAAUAUCCAUCCACCUGCAUCUAUACGUACCAAAGGUAGUGGAACUAAGAAAAGAAUGGUUAGUGUUAUUGAGAAAGCCGUUGCAGCUGCAAAGAAAAAAACCAGAAUGUGCACAGGUUGCAAUCAAUAUGUUAACCAUAAUUGGAGGACUUGCAAAAUGAAUAAUAGCAAUGCCAAAUUUGGUAAUGUUAACAGAUUAAUGAUAUUAUCUGGCAUUUAA